AUGAAAUAGAGAGGGGGUUUGGUAUUAUUUGCUGGGUCGGGUAAGGAGAUUGGUCUAGUCCCCGUCCCCUCCCUGCCUUGGGCUCCCUCGAGGCGUCCAGGCCCAAGCACACUCGAGAUGGUGGACAAGCACUCUUCAACAUCGUCGACAUCCUCUUCUCUCUCUUCCACUCUCCCUCUCUCCCCCUCUUCUCUUCUCCCGUCCCCUCUUCUCCAUCCUCUCCAUCUCCAUCCCGUCUCUUCAAUCCCUCCUCCCCAUCCUCGCCUCGUCAAACACGCGCCAGCCCCUCCCAAAUCAACGCCUUUCUUCUCUUAAAAGCCGAUCCCGUCCCGCUCGGCAGCAGGUGGCCACGCUCAUUCGCGCCCACUUCGACCUCCCGGCCCACCUUACCACCUAUCCACACCAUCAUCCAGCUUCACCCCAUGGCAACCACCGCCGCCCCCCUCGCCGCCGGUCGCGCGGCCCGUGUGUCUGCUCUCGGGGCAGACGGCCCGCGCGAGCGCUCUCCUUCCCCUUCCUCGCCGCCCCUCAUUUCUCCCGGCACUCUUCCACCUGAAGACGACUCCAAGGUCGAAGUCUCCCAAAUCGAGGCCAGCGACUUUACUGGCGUCACCUUCAGUCCAGAACUAUGGAUGCAGCGGCGGCACUGGGCGCUCGAGGUGCUUCGCAAGGAGAGCGUCCGCUCCGUGAUGGACAUUGGGUGCGGACCGGGCUCGCUCCUCCAGACGCUUGUCAUGCCCCCAAGCACGAUCGCCGAGAAGCCCAUCCGCGGUGACGACGGUAGCAUUCCGGACGGCAAGGAGCUCUUCAUCCGCCGCCUGGUAGGAGUGGACAUUGACCCUGCGGUCAUGUCCUCAGCGUUGCAAACUCUGGCGGUGCCCCCUCAAGCUGAGGCGAGCGCUAUUCGCAAUCCCGCCCCUUCCAGUCCUCGAUGGGAGCCUCUUGACACAGAACUAUGGCUUGGCAACAUUGAGCUCUACAACUCCAGACUCGAGGGCUACGAGGCUAUCGUGGCCCUCGAGGUCAUCGAGCACCUCGAGCCGAACCUCCUCUCCCGCUUUGGCGUCGUAACGAUGGGAACCUACCGCCCCAAACUGCUUCUAGUCAGCACUCCGAACUUUGACUUCAACUCCAAGUUCCCCAAUCACCACGACGACCACCACGACGGCUGUGGCAAGCGCGGCUUUGUUGACCCGACUGGGCGCACUGACCGUGUCUUCCGUCACUCGGACCAUAAAUGCGAGAUGACCGCCGAGGAGUUCCGCAACUGGGCCGAGUCGGCAGCGGCUGACUGGGGCUACACUGUCGAGGUCAGCGGUGUUGGUAUCUCCAACAAGCCUUCGUUCUACCCAGCCAAGGACGGCGAGGAACCUAGGCCCAUCUAUGCGACGCAGACGGCCGUCUUCCGUCUGGCGACUGGUGUACCCAUGCGCUCUCCUCGCAGCGUCCGCACGGUUGAUCUUCCAUUCAUGCUCGGUGCGAGCGAGAGCGCACACCCCCACAGACUCGCACACAAGGCACGCCACCCGCCGACCAUCUUCCCCGCGCCCGGCGCACCCAUGUCGCCCGAAGAGGUCUCUGAGGGAGUGCGCAGAGCGUUUGCCAGCGUAUCAGUUGAGGAGCUCAGCCUUCCCGAGCUGUGGGGCAUGGGCGACAUUGCCCCGAUGUGCUGCGGCUCGAAGCGCUACCUUGUUGCCUGCCUCGGCGGAUGGGGCGACUGCCCGUCCGUGCACGAAGAGUCGGGCUUCCGGGUGUUUGAGCGCAACAACGGCCUCUGGGUUCAGCCCAAGUGAGGGGCGGUAUGCAGGUGGAGGAUAUGCUCGUCGCCCUGCUGCUGCCUUGUCUCUACCCCAUCUAUUGCGACGACGGGGAAGAGAACGGCAGCGGCAGCGGCAGGCUAGCAGAGGAGGUGAGGGAGGGGAGAGGGCGCCGGCAGGUGCGUUCAACAUCAGCACACGGCCAUCGAGUAACACAUCUUUCCUUAUCCAUGUAACAGGCUACGUUGACCGCCAUUCAUGUACAGUUCGUCAUCAGCAUGCAUCACCGUCCAUGCUACCAUAAUUUGAAACGGGGCGGGGCCAGCUCGACCGGGUCAAAGACAUGCCGCGCGGGUAACUCCGGUGGGCUGAGAAUGCUCGGAAGACGAACUUUGGGUUGCCGAAUCCGUCUACGGGUCGUCAGCCUGGCACGCACGGCACGGGCAGCGAGCAGGCCUGGCCCAGGUCCGGUCCAGAUGUCCUCGGAGCUCCCACACGUCAUGCAGACGGUUUAUCU